AUGGGGCGCGGACGGGCGACGCCGCAAUCGAACCGCUGCCGCUCGCAGUCGAGCAAUUGGGACAAGGACCUCAUUGGCGCCCACGACCUGCGCGACAUGAACGACAUGGACAGUGACAGUGACCACCUGCGCCCAAUGGACGCGACGGCCGCGACGCUCCCCGCGCCGUCGCUCCACGCGAUUCCGGCGCUGUGGGUCAGCAGUCGAAGGCGACACCACCGCGGACGGAGUCGCCGGCGGUCGACUAGUGAGACGUACCAGAACGGCCACUUGGGUCGGCCCCUGAGCGGCUUUCGCGCGCUCCCUAUUCACCACGUGCCGCUGGCCGAGCAGCUCCGAGCAGCUACGACCGUAGCAGCAGCAGCAGUGGCUUCUCCUGCUGCUUCUCCUGCUACUACUGCGGCUGCGGCUGCGGCUAUUGCGGCAGGACGGCCGCUGAACCAGCGGCUACGGAUCACGACGCCGGACGGGCCGCGGGGCUCGGGGUGGGUCCGUGGCCAGGCGGCCGACGUGCAGUGGGAGGCGCUGGACCCGAGUGUCCAGUGCGUGCGCAUUGACGUGUGCAACGUGGCGUGGACGGUGCCGACGACGAUCGCCCAUUGCGUGGCGAACGACGGCACGUUCCACUGGCGCCGCGUGUACUGGGGCAUGCCCAUUGCCGAGGGCUAUUAUGUGAAUAUUUACGACGUGACGGCGCCAAAGGACCCGAGCGAGUCGGUGUUGCUGGCGCAGAGCGAGCGCUUUGCAGUCAUCAAGUGA